AUGCUUUCUAUCACCCCGCCCCAUUCUCCCUCUUUCCAUCACCCCGCCCCAUUCUCCCGCUUUCCAUCACCCCGCCCCAUUCUCCCGAUUUCCAUCACCCCGCCCCAUUCUCCUGCUUUCCAUCACCUCACCCCAUUCUCCCGCUUUCCAUCACCCCGCCCCAUUCUCCUGCUUUCCAUCACCCCGCCCCAUUCUCCCGCUUUCCAUGACCAUGCCCCAUUCUCCCGCUUUCCAUCACCCCGCCCCAUUCUCCCUCUUUCCAUCACCCCGCCCCAUUCUCCUACUUUCCAUCACCCCGCCCCAUUUUCCCUCUUUCCAUCACCCCACCCCAUUCUCCCGCUUUCCAUCACCCCGCCCCAUUUUCCCUCUUUCCAUCACCCCGCCCCAUUCUCCCGCCUUCCAUCACCCCGCCCCAUUCUCCCUCUUUCCAUCACCCCGCCCCAUUCUCCCGCUUUCCAUCAACCCGCCCCAUUCUCCCGCUUUCCAUCACCCCGCCCCAUUCUCCCACUUUCCAUCACCCCGCCCCAUUCUCCCUCUUUCCAUCACCCCGCCCCAUUCUCCCGCUUUCCAUCACCCCACCCCAUUUUCCCUCUUUCCAUCACCCCGCCCCAUUCUCCCGCUUUCCAUCACCCCGCCCCAUUCUCCCUCUUCCCAUCACCCCGCCCCAUUCUCCCGCCUUUCAUCACCCCGCCCCAUUCUCCCGCUUUCCAUCACCCCGCCCAAUUCUCCCGCUUCCCAUCACCCCGCCCCAUUCUCCCGCCUUCCAUCACCCCGCCCCAUUCUCCCUCUUUCCAUCACUCCGCCCCAUUCUCCCGCUUUCCAUCACCCCGCCCCAUUCUCCCGCUUUCCAUCACCCCGCCCCAUUCUCCCGCUUUCCAUCACCCCACCCCAUUCUCCCGCUUUCCAUCACCCCGCCCCAUUCUCCCGGUUUCCACCACCCCGGCCCAUUCUCCCGCUUUCCAUCACCCCGCCCCAUUCUCCCGUUUUCCAUCACCUUGCCCCAUUCUCCCGCUUUCCAUCACCCUGUCCCGUUCUCUCGCUUUCCAUCACCCCGCCCCAUUCUCCCGCUUUCCAUCACCCCGCCCGCUCCAUUCUCCCGCUUUCCAUCACCCCGCCCAAUUCUCCCUCUUUCCAUCACCCCUCCCCAUUCUCCCUCUUUCCAUCACCCCGCCCCAUUCUCCCUCUUUCUAUCACCCCGCCCCAUUCUCCCGCCUUUCAUCACCCCGCCCUAUUCUCCCGCUUUCCAUCACCCCGCCCGAUUCUCCCGCUUUCCAUCACCCCGCCCCAUUCUCCCGCUUUCCAUCACCCCGCCCCAUUCUCCCUCUUUCCAUCACCCCGCCCAUUCUCUCGCUUUCCAUCACCCCGCCCCAUUCUCCCUCUUUCCAUCACCCCGGCCCAUUCUCCCUCUUUCCAUCACCCCGCCCCAUUCUCCCACUUUCCAUCACCCCGCGCCAUUUUCCCUCUUUCCAUCACCCCGCCCCAUUCUCUCGCUUUCCAUCACCCUGCCCCAUUCUCUCGCUUUCCAUCAUCCCGCUCCAUUGUCCCGCUUUCCAUCACCCCGCCCAAUUCUCCCUCUUUCUAUCACCACUCCCUAUUCUCCCUUUUUCCAUCACCCCGCCCCGUUCUCCCGCUUUCCAUCACCCCGCCCCAUUCUCCCUCUUUCCAUCACCCCGCCCCAUUCUCCCUCUUUCCAUUACCCCACCCCAUUCUCCUGCUUUCCAUCACCCCGCCCCAUUCUCCCUCUUUCCAUUACCCCACCCCAUUCUCAUGCUUUCUAUCACCCCGCCCCAUUCUCCCUCUUUCCAUCACCCCGCCCCAUUCUCCCGCUUUCCAUCACCCCGCCCCAUUCUCCCUCUUCCCAUCACCCCGCCCCAUUCUCCCGCCUUUCAUCACCCCGCCUCAUUCUCCCGCUUUCCAUCACCCCGCCCAAUUCUCCCGCUUCCCAUCACCCCGCCCAAUUCUCCCGCCUUCCAUCACCCCGCCCCAUUCUCCCUCUUUCCAUCACUCCGCCCCAUUCUCCCGCUUUCCAUCACCCCGCCCCAUUCUCCCGCUUUCCAUCACCCCGCCCCAUUCUCCUGCUUUCCAUCACCCCACCCCAUUCUCCCGCUUUCCAUCACCCCGCCCCAUUCUCCCGGUUUCCAUCACCCCGGCCCAUUCUCCCGCUUUCCAUCACCCCGCCCCAUUCUCCCGUUUUCCAUCACCCCGCCCCAUUCUCCCGCUUUCCAUCACCCUGUCCCGUUCUCUCGCUUUCCAUCACCCCGCCCCAUUCUCCCGCUUUCCAUCACCCCGCCCGCUCCAUUCUCCCGCUUUCCAUCACCCCGCCCAAUUCUCCCUCUUUCCAUCACCCCUCCCCAUUCUCCCUCUUUCCAUCACCCCGCCCCAUUCUCCCUCUUUCUAUCACCCCGCCCCAUUCUCCCGCCUUUCAUCACCCCGCCCUAUUCUCCCGCUUUCCAUCACCCCGCCCGAUUCUCCCGCUUUCCAUCACCCCGCCCCAUUCUCCCGCUUUCCAUCACCCCGCCCCAUUCUCCCUCUUUCCAUCACCCCGCCCAUUCUCUCGCUUUCCAUCACCCCGCCCCAUUCUCCCUCUUUCCAUCACCCCGGCCCAUUCUCCCUCUUUCCAUCACCCCGCCCCAUUCUCCCACUUUCCAUCACCCCGCGCCAUUUUCCCUCUUUCCAUCACCCCGCCCCAUUCUCUCGCUUUCCAUCACCCUGCCCCAUUCUCUCGCUUUCCAUCAUCCCGCUCCAUUGUCCCGCUUUCCAUCACCCCGCCCAAUUCUCCCUCUUUCUAUCACCACUCCCUAUUCUCCCUUUUUCCAUCACCCCGCCCCGUUCUCCCGCUUUCCAUCACCCCGCCCCAUUCUCCCUCUUUCUAUCACCCCGCCCCAUUCUCCCUCUUUCCAUCACCCCGCCCCAUUCUCCCGCUUUCCAUCACCUCGAUCAAUUCUCCCGCUUUCCAUCACCCUGCCCCAUUCUUCCUCUUUCCAUCACCCUGCCCCAUUCUCCCUCUAUCCAUCACCCCACCCAAUUCUCCCGCUUUCCAUAAUCCCGUGCCAUUCUCCCGCGUUCCAUCACCCCACCCCAUCCUCCCCUCUUUCCAUCACCCCGCCCCAUUCUCCCAAUUUCUAUCACCCCGCCCCAUUCUCCCUCUUUCCAUCACCCCGCCGCAUUCUCCCGCUUUCCAUCACCCCGUCCCAUUCUCCCUCUUUCCAUCACCCCGCCCCAUUCUCCCUCUUUCCAUCACCCCGCCCCAUUCUCCCGCUUUCCAUCACCCUGCCCCAUUCUCCCUCUUUCCAUAACCCCGCCCCAUUCUCCCGCUUUCCAUCACCCCGCCCCAUUCUCCCGCUUUCCAUCACCCCGCCCCGUUCUCCCGCUUUCCAUCACCCCGCCCCAUUCUCCCGCUUUCCAUCACCCCGCCCCAUUCUCCUGCUUUCCAUCACCCCGCCCCAUUCUCCCUCUUCCCAUCACCCCGCCCCAUUCUCUCACUUUCCAUCACCCCGCCCCAUUCUCCCGCUUUCCAUCACCCCGCCCCAUUCUCCCGCUUUCCAUCACCCCGUCCCAUUCUCCCUCUUUCCAUCACCCCGCCCCAUUCUUCCUCUUUCCAUCUCCCCGCCCCAUUCUCCCUCUUUCCAUCACCCCGCCCCAUUCUCCCGCUUUCCAUCACCCCGCCCCAUUCUCCCACUUUCCAUCACCCCGCCCCAUUCUCCAUCUUUACAUCACCCCGCCCCACUCUCCCGCCUUCCAUCACCCCGCCCCAUUCUCCAUCUUUCCAUCACCCUGCCCAAUUCUCCCGCCUUCCAUCACCCCACCCCAUUCUCCCGUCUUCCAUCACCCCGCCCCAUUCUCCCGCUUUCCAUCACCCCGUCCCAUUCUCCCUCUUUCCAUCACCCCGCUCCAUUCUCCCUCUUUCCAUCACCCCGCCCCAUUCUCCAGCUUUCCGUCACCCCGCCCCAUUCUCCCUCUUUCCAUCACCCCGCCCCAUUCUCCCUCUUUCCAUCACCCCGCCCCAUUCUCCCUCUUUCCAUCACCCCGCCCCAUUCUCCCGCUUUCCUUCACCCCGUGCCAUUUAACCUUUUUCCAUCACCCGCCCCAUUCUCCCUCUUUCCAUCACCCGGCUCCAUUGUCCCGCUUUCCAUCACCCCGCCCAAUUCUCCCUCUUUCUAUCACCCCUUCCCAUUCUCCCUCUUUCCAUCACCCCGCCCCAUUCUCCUACUUUCCAUCACCCCGCCCCAUUCUCCCUCUUUCCAUCACCCCGCCCCAUUCUCCCUCUUUCCAUUACCCCACCCCAUUCUCCUGCUUUCCAUCACCCCGCCCCAUUCUCCUUCUUUCCAUCAACCCGUCUCAUUCUCCCUCUUUCCGUCACCCCACCCCAUUCUCCCUGUUUCCAUCACCUCGCCCCAUUCUCCCUCUUUCCAUCACCCUGCCCCAUUCUUCCUCUUUCCAUCACCUCGCCCCAUUCUCUCGCUUUCCAUCACCCCUCCCUAUUCUCCCUCUAUCCAUUACCCCGCCCCAUUCUCCCGCUUUCCAUCACCCCGCCCCAUUCUCCUUCUUUCUAUCACCCCGCCCCAUUCUCCAGCUUUUUAUCACCCCGCCCCAUUCUCCCGAUUUCCAUCACCCCACCCCAUUUUCCCGCUUUCCAUCACCCCGACAUAUUCUCCCGCUUUCCAUCACCCCGCCCCGUUCUCCCGCUUUCCAUCACACCGCCCCAUUCUCCCUCUUUCCAUCACCCCGCCCCAUUCUCCCGCUUUCCAUCACCCCGUCCCAUUCUCCCGCUUUCCAUCACCCCGCCCCAUUCUCCCUCUUUCCAUCAACCCGCCCCAUUCUCCCUAUUUCCAUCACCCCGCUCCAUUCUCCCGCUUUCCAUUACCCCAUCCGCUCCAUUCUCCCGCUUUCCAUCACCCCGCCCAAUUCUCCCUCUUUCCAUCACCCCUCUCCAUUCUCCCUCUUUCCAUCACCCCUCCCCAUUCUCCCGCUUUCCAUUACCCCGCCCCAUUCUCCCUCUUUCCAUCACCCGCCCCAUUCUCUCGUCUUUCAUCACCCCGCCCCAUUCUCCCUCUUUCCAUCACCCCGCCCAAUUCUCCCGCUUUCCAUCACCCCACCCUAUUCUCCCACCUUUCAUCACCCCGCCCCAUUCUCCCUCUUUCCAUCAACCCGCCCCAUUCUCCCUCUUUCCAUCACCCCGCCUUAUUCUCCCUCUUUCCAUCACCCCGCUCCAUUCUCCCGAUUUCCAUCACCCCGCCCCAUUCUCCUGCUUUCCAUCACCCCGCCCCAUUCUCCCUCUAUCCAUCACCCCGCCCAAUUCUCCCACUUUCCAUCACCCCGUCCCAUUCUCCUAAUGGAGCGGGCGGGGUGAUGGAAAGCGGGAGAAUGGGGCGGGGUGAUGGAAAGAGGGAGAAUGGGGCGGGGUGA